AUGUUAGGACUCGCUCAACCGACAGCGCCCAGUGGGAUCAUCGCACUUAAACUUGCUUCGCUUUACUCCGCCCGUCAGAAAAAGACAGCCCAAAGGCUUACCCUGCAUUUAUACCACCAGGCGAAAGUCGCCUUUAAAAAGGUGGACAACGAGCGCUAUGUGGUCCACUUGUCGCAGGUGACAGAGGCAUUUAGAAACGCCCGCGAUCCCAAAACUUCAGAAGAGGGAGUGCUGCAGUUCUGCAUUGUCGAGACAUAUUUCAAACGCGCGGAGAGACUCAAACAGUGGGGUCAAUUCAGCCUGGCGCAAGCCAGUUAUAAGAAGGCGAAAAAGUGGGGCAAUACCGAGGCGCAAGCCCAAUUGACCGUCCCGUCACGCUUUUGGCACUGCAGGGGAUUUGUUUCUUCUGCCUUAACCUUUAAAAAAACGAAAAACCCGCCUGUUAUCGAUCCCGUCAAAAAUUUUUUAAUAGAUAAUUGGCAGACAUCGGAAACAUUCCGCCAAGCUUACGCUUACGUACAGCAUCGCGCCGCAGAAGAUGGUUUUUUUAUAAGUUACGAAGGCAAUCGAAGCAAGCCUUAUCCGGUCAUGCCUGACGUCUGCUGUUUGCAUAAAGCAGCAGAAAUACCUUUGCAACAACGGAUCAACACGAUCUUUUCUGCAUUGCAAAAGAUUGUCUUCACCUAUCAUCAUGACGCGCGACUGCAAGCGUUUUUGGCUAUUCCGCAAGCAUUGAAUUAUUGGGUCAUGCAAGAUAGUGAACCAUCGCAUCGGUCCAUCGACCUAUGCAGAUUUGAUAUGAUGGGAGGCAACCUCGAUACCUUACGCAUUAUUGAAUUUAAUGCCAACGCGCCGGGCGGCAUCGUGUAUUUCGGUUUGAUUAAUACUUAUUGGCGUGAAGCGCCUGGAAUAGCGAAAAUUAUCAGCAAUUGGGGCAGUGUCCCUUCCAUUUUCGAGCGGCCGGGCUGGUUUAGUGAUUGGAUUACAAAUCUUGCGUAUCGCCGCGAACUGAGGUCGAUUAAUGCCAUCGGACUGCUUCAUCCACUACAUGGUAAUAUUAAUGAGUUGCCACAUCUGCAAAAACGGCUUCAACAUCAAGGCUAUCAAUGCACAAUGAUGCCGCUAUCUGAUGCCUACCAAAAUGGAAAGCCACUAUGGCAAGUCGCCUAUCUGAAAUAUGGCGUGCAACGUGCAUUGAAAGAUAUUUCACAGUUGGAACGUUUCUGCGCCAGUGUCAUAAAUAAUGAGAUAGUGGUUCCUUCGUCUCUAUCAGGCCGCUGGAUCGGCGACAAUAAAUUGUGCCUUGCUGUCAUGUCCGAUCCAAGAUUCGCAUAUUUGUUCAAUUCGGUUGAACAGCAAGCAAUCCGGCAGAUGAUUCCGUAUAGCAGGAAGCUGGAUGAUGGAAUCAGCGUUGAAAAUCUACUGGCACAGAAGGAUAAUUGGGUGAUAAAAAACCCGUAUGAUACGCGUGGGGCCGGUGUGUUCAUCGGGCGCGAUCAUACUGAGGUGCAAUGGAGAAGAUUGGUUGCCGGUCAGCAAUUGGCUGGCUUUCUGGUUCAGGAAUAUAUUGAUUCCGGAGCUUCGAUUGCCGGUAAUAUAGCGCCGCCCAGUUUCAGAGAUCUGAUAGCAGUCAUUGCUAGCGGUCGUAUUGUCGGGUACGCAUCGCGUGUCAGUUCUUCAUAUAAAGUGAAUUUAGCGCAGGAGGGAAAACACCUCUCCGUUCUAAGCGCACUAAAUGUGAAUGCAUAG